GCCAGGUCAAAUGGUGCUGACGAGAUCCACAGAGUCACGACACUCCAUCGCCAAGAGGGCAUAUUUUAGAACUUACCUGCUCCAGCAUGGUCCUCACGUCUUUGGUUCAAGCCGCCGCCAUAACCCAGGCCAGCGACAUGGAUGCGGCUACGUCGUCGAACCACGCGCGGGUGUCCAAGAUGUCCUUCAUGAUGAUCUACCUCUGCCUGUGCCUCGGAAGCAAGUUCUAUGUGUCGAAAUCGUCCUCGACGGGUCUGGUGACAUCCUCGGAGAUGUAUGACGAGACAAACCUCCCCAUCUUUCUCCAGGCCAUGCCGCCACAACUCACUCCGGAAGACGCCCAACGAUUCCUCGCGCUGCCUGAAGCCACGGAACACCCCUUGCAUGCAGCGAUUCGUUCGGGAUCAUUGUAUAUGACACAACUCGCUCAAGAGACAUUUGCCGAAGUGGAUGUUUUGUCGAAGGAGCAGAGAACACCGCUGAUGUUGGCGGCCGAGCUCGGCCACGCUGAUAUUCUCGCGUAUUUAUUAGACCAAGGUGCGGAUGUAUUCGCCGAAGAUGCUGCGGGGAACACUGCGCUGCAUGCGGCAUGCGAAGCCGGACACGUGUAUGCUACGUACAUUUUACUCACGGCUGGCGCCGACUUGGACCUGCCCAACAACAAGAUGCAAACCCCUGAUGACGUGGCGAUGCCGCAUUUGCAGGACCUUCUCUACACGAAUGGAGUGAUUGGAGAAGAGGUCGUACGCGCUUGGGAUCGCCAGUUCAAAACCCACGGGUUCAUCGUUCCCGUCGCCGUUGUGUCCCGACGACGGAAGCGGUAUGCGCGCUUUUUCAAUCUUGCCGCCGUAGUUGAGGAGCAAUAAAUUAUUUAACCGAGCGCGUAAUCCGGAUAAACUUGAUCUUACGGAUAGUG